AUGGCCGACGCCUCAGCAUACACCUACCCGUCACCCCUCCAGGGCUACGAGAACGCCCCGCCGCUACCCGACGAGAAGGCCGAGGAUGGGAAGAGCUAUGCCAACCCCCCAACGGGCGUUUUGAGCAAAAGCUAUGAGCGAUUUACGGAGCCGCUGGAUAAUGGUGUGAGAGGUGCUUUCUGUGGGCUUACGAGGAGCAAAUUAGCUAAACUUAAAUAUGCUCGCGAGCUAUGGGAGCGGAUUCGUCGAGAAUUCCCAGAACUCCGCAUAUAUAAAUUCUGGGAGGAGCCAAUUGGUCCUCAUCCGGUAGCAAUGUUCGAAGUUAACCUCUUCACACCCGCUCAAUUCGGCGCCUUCAUCCCGUGGCUGAUAAUCAAUCGCGGCCCGUUGAGCGCCCUAGUUCAUCCUAAUACGGUGAACCCUAAGACGGGCGAGCAUGAUGAGCAGGAGAGGGAUCAUACGCAGAGGGCGACGUGGAUGGGGGAUAGGAUUCCUUUAGAUUUGACUCUGUUUAAGAAGAGGGGUUAG